CUGACCCACAGAACACACAUUACACACAUUACACACCGGAAUGGGUGAAACCGUGCGGGGCACCAUAAGUUAGGUGGGGGGCAUUGCAAAUGGGAGUGGGAUAGGGAAAAAGGGAAGAAGAAGGAAAACCUCUUUUCUCCAAUUUUAUAGCGACGAGCUUUGAAAGGAAUAACACAAAUUGGCAAUAAAAGAAGAAAGGAGGGGAAAAGAAAAAAGAAAUCAUUUCACCAUCUAGUCCUCUGGGUGUCUGGUCGGUAAAGGUUUCCCCAGCCAGCGCCCAGUCGUUAAGGAUCAUCUGCUGGUUACCAGGGAAACCCAGGGAGCCCAGAACAACUUAGGAAACCCCUGCGAGGCACAGGCGCCAGGGGGAAAGCAAGAAACACAGGGCGUAUUAUCCUUUGAAGAGAAGAGUGACUCCCUAAUUCCUAUCAACUUUGUUUGGUUUUUUCGCAAAAACAAUCACCAACAAUCAGUAACGGCAAACAAUAAGCAGCAGUUAGCGUGUAGUGUGCGUUCGUGUAUGUGUGUAUGUGGCCUACAAUCGUCUGUGCCAUAGCACAAUCCCACGGAAGACACGGUAUCUUGCUGGUCAUAGAUUUAUUCCGUUCGAAGCACAGAGACAGCAAAGCAACAAACAACAACAAAAAAAAAACCCCGACAGGAAACGCGACCCACGGCAAGCACGUGGGGAACGACGCAAAUAUGAUGCAAAAGGCUGAACCUCACUAUCCUUGCUGGGCGUUGCGAAGCGGGAAAGUGAUCGUCUUUAAACAAAGAACCUCAAUUUCUACUGUUUUUAUUGUUUUACUAACUAACCACUAAUGCGAGCGCUACAAGCGGAACUACAACCAAAAAAAAAACCAAACGACAAGCCCCCCGAAAGAUACAAAACCGACACCGAAAGCACAAAACUGCGGUACACAAUUUAAUAUAAGGAUAAUAGACUUUGUUUUGGGUUUGUCGGUGGCGCCAUCACACUUACGCUGCAUUCAACUCUUUUGGUCUAGUAUAUAUCAUACACGGUACCACGCUCUCGUCACGCAGGAUCAUAUGAUGAAAGGUCAAUUAGAUGGUAACAACAAUAAUAAGGCAAAAAAAAGAGAUGAAAGCGGAUUUCGAUGGCCCCCUUGCGCCACUACCGAACACAAAUGACCACAACCGACGGGGGGAUGUAGUAAAGAAUCUGUUUUUCUCCCCCAUCAGCAGCCAGAAGCCCUACCCUUCCCUUUACACUAGCAACCACAAAUUUAAUCAAUCGACAAACCAUCAGUAAGGUCACUACUCUCUGGUCUGACCACACAUCAGCAGCGCAUCAGGCGGUCAGGAUGCAGGACCGGAGUAGAGCAAACACACGUACAAAAACAAAAAAGCGGGAGUCUGGUUGGGGCCCAACAGUGUGGGUGCGUAAAAGCCUUUCCUACCCUCGCUCGCUCUCUCUUCUUUUCAUUUGUCUAGACCAGUUCAGUAUUCCACGGUUUCCGGAAAUGAAAGGGCUCGCCCGCGCGCGAAAGAAGGGGAAAUAAGAGAGCGAAACAUCAACGCGCAAAAUUCGGUCUUGCAAAUCAGCAAAGCAAACCAACCUUGACAUGACAACUAUUAUACCGAUUACAAGAAAAGGCAAACAAUG